AUCCAUUCUCUGCCGAACUAGUCGUCAAUCGAAAUCCCAAAGAUCAGCGAUGGUGACUCUAAACGCUUCUUCUCCUCUCACGACCAAGUCGUUCCUCCCCUACCGUCACGCUCCUCGCCGUCCAAUCUCUUUCUCCCCUGUCUUCGCCGUUCAUUCGACUGACCCCAAGAAAUCUACCCAAUCAGCCUCCGCUUCGGUUAAAUGGAGUCUAGAGAGUUGGAAGUCGAAGAAAGCUUUGCAAUUGCCGGAUUAUCCUGAUCAGAAGGAUGUUGAUUCGGUUCUACAGACGCUUUCUUCUUUUCCUCCUAUAGUUUUCGCUGGUGAGGCUAGGAAACUAGAGGAUAAGCUUGGUCAAGCGGCUAUGGGUCAAGCCUUUAUGCUUCAAGGUGGUGAUUGUGCUGAGAGUUUCAAGGAAUUUAACGCUAAUAACAUUAGAGACACCUUUAGGGUUCUUCUUCAGAUGGGUGUUGUUCUCAUGUUCGGUGGCCAGUUACCAGUUAUCAAGGUGGGAAGAAUGGCUGGUCAGUUUGCGAAGCCGAGAUCAGACCCAUUUGAGGAGAAAGAUGGUGUGAAGCUGCCGAGUUACAGAGGAGAUAACAUAAAUGGUGAUGCUUUUGAUGAGAAAUCGAGGAUUCCUGAUCCUCAUAGGAUGGUUAGAGCGUACACACAGUCUGUGGCUACGUUGAAUCUCUUGAGAGCAUUUGCUACUGGAGGUUAUGCAGCUAUGCAGAGAGUUAGCCAGUGGAACCUUGAUUUCACGCAACAUAGUGAACAGGGUGACAGGUACCGUGAAUUGGCUAAUAGAGUUGAUGAGGCUUUGGGAUUCAUGGGUGCAGCUGGACUUACUAGUGCUCACCCGAUCAUGACUACUACUGAGUUUUGGACAUCCCAUGAGUGUUUGUUAUUGCCUUAUGAGCAAGCACUCACAAGAGAGGAUUCAACAUCUGGACUUUACUAUGAUUGCUCUGCGCACAUGCUUUGGGUUGGAGAACGAACUCGCCAACUUGAUGGUGCUCAUGUUGAGUUUCUGAGGGGAAUCGCUAACCCCCUCGGAAUCAAGGUAUGUGAUCAUCAAGUCUCUUGGUUUGGUUAAUUGGAAUAGGAGUAAGUUUCAUAGCUUUGUUCGUAUAGAAAAAAACACUGAGAUGUAGACUCAAGAACUGUUGUUAACUCUAUAGGAUACCCUGCAGGUCUCAAUUGCCUGGUAUUAAAGAUAUUGGAAAACCAUUACAAAGAGGCUACAACAGAUUUUUGUAUGAGAAAAUGACAGAUGUUGAUUGAUGUACUUUGAUGCAGGUGAGUGAUAAAAUGGUCCCUAGUGAACUGGUUAAGCUGAUAGAGAUACUAAACCCUCAGAACAAGCCUGGAAGGAUUACGGUUAUAGUGAGAAUGGGAGCUGAGAAUAUGCGGGUCAAGCUUCCUAAUUUGAUCAGAGCAGUCCGUGGAGCCGGUCAGAUUGUGACUUGGGUUAGUGAUCCAAUGCACGGAAACACAAUCAUGGCUCCUGGUGGGCUAAAAACUCGUUCUUUCGAUGCAAUCAGGGCGGAAUUGAGAGCGUUCUUCGACGUCCAUGAUCAAGAAGGGAGUUUCCCUGGCGGGGUUCAUUUAGAAAUGACUGGUCAAAACGUGACAGAAUGUGUCGGAGGGUCACGCACCAUCACUUACAACGAUCUAAGCUCACGCUACCACACUCACUGUGACCCAAGACUCAACGCAUCUCAGUCUCUGGAGCUUGCAUUCAUCAUUGCAGAGCGUCUGCGAAAGAGAAGGCUUGGUUCCGGGAAUCUUCCGUCAUCUAUUGGAGUCUAGAGAACAAGAAAAUACUUAUCCGAGCUAGGAUGUGUGUGUAUAGAGGCUGAUCUCUACUUAUUAAGUUGCCAAGUUAAAUGAGCUUGUGUACUGUUAAAAGUAAGAUAUUGUUGUUUUUGUGUGUUGGGUUAUGAUUUUGUCUGAAAUAAGUGGCUGACUUUAUAAACCCGUAAAUCUCUACGUCACGCUUGCAACAAAAAUUCGAUAUUUGAUUCAAUCACAGAAAAGUCCUCCCAUUAAGGUGUAAAUUUUUGACUCAAAUACCACAAAGCAUAA